CCUGAUGGUCUGAGUCAGUUUUCCAGCAUCCGUCAACCGUUUCGAACGGAACAGGACAUUUGUCGUCCGGGAAGCAUUUUUCCUGGGAAGUGGAACCGCUUAUCAGCCCGGCAGUUGGUGGUUGUGUUGGCAGUCGGGCAGUUUGACGCGUGUGUUUGGAUUUUUUUUUUCUUGUCUCGCAGUCGGUUACGAACCGUGUGGAUUUAGUGUCAUGACACGCAACGGUUGAUUUCCGCCGGUGGGGAUUACGAGGCGCGACCGUGCGAAACUUGGCACUGUUGUUGUUGUUGGUGUUGCUAGCUAUUGUUGUUGUUGUUCCUAUUGCUGUUAUUGUUAUUGUUAGUUGCAACCUCGACUGGGUGGACGAAGGACCUCGAUGCUCGAUCCAUGUCGUUGCUGAUGCUGGAUGCCAAAGCGUCCGUCGCUCAUGAUUUCGUUCGUUCCGUUCCGUUCCGCUGAUGAUGCUGAUGGUGAUGAAUAAAGCGAAAUGAAGCAUAAAACGAUAGCAUAAAAAAACCUAGUGCACUUUAGUAUGGAUGACUGGAAGUGGGCAAUCGAAUGUGAAUGGAUGGUGGCAGGUGGCGAUACUGAUGUUAAUCACUGUUCAGCUUUUUUACUUGCCCCAUGUGAGCACACGUGUUUGUGAACCUGGUAAAGUGUUCGAAUGAAGAAGCUCAUGAGAAGCUGUCCAAUUUCGGCACAUUUUUUUCCCCACGAAUUGUGCAGAACCAUGAAUACGAGAGUUUGAUUGAAGUGUUGGAGUUAAACGAGACAUCAAAGGCUUGGCGAUGGUUUGCCACGAAAAGUACAGUGCGGGAAUGUGUGAUGUGGUCCUGAAAUAACUCGAUGCGCAUGAAAUUGAACUCCACUGCAGGUAUGUGCAAAACAGUCUAACGGUUUUUUUCUCUCUCCACUGAUUCCUGAUGAAUUCUGGGAUGGUCGUUCAAUAAAAGAGUAUAAAUGUCUGGCUGCCGGUUGUAGAUUGCAAAGUGAGUUAUAUUUUCCGGUUCACCCUUACUCGGAUAGCUGGAAACGUGGCGGUAAUCUGUGCCGCCAAGACGGAAAACUGCUGCACAAUUGAUACGGACAUCGUAGCAGAAUUGUAGAAUGGAAAAUUAACUGCGCGUUUGAUAGUGUCUGUGUGUGUGUGUUAGUGGGUUGGAAAUUUUUUAAUUAAAAUUUCGGAGGACGAAAGGAUGGUGCUCUGGGAUGAAGUUCUUCGUUUCCACAUGUAGCUGAAAGUUGAAACUGUAGUGUGAACACUGGAAGCACUGCUCAUUUUCACUGUAAAAAGAAAACAGGAAGAACCCUACAAAAGCAGCCGAGGUGCUUAAACGAUCUGGUGCCCGGAUCAAAGUGUAAAAAGCAUUAUUAUUAGAGAAAAUUUAGCACCAUUUCAAUCCUCUUUUGCCCGAAAAAAAACCCACGUGCUCAGACGGUUGAAACAGAGAUAUAUACCAGGGCGAAGAAGAAAAAAUCAAGAAUAAUGUGUCAAUAAAGUGUAAAACGCCGCUCCAGUGUAUCAACCCCUUGAACUCGACACGACAAUCGGCCUCUGUGACAAUCGGCUGCUUGCUGAAGAGAACCGAAAGGCGGACGAACCUCGAUGCAGCUCACCCACCCAGCGCUGUAGGCAUCCGCUUGGGUCUUGAUCUGUGUCAGGGGUUUUUUUUUAUUACCAUUCGGGGCUCGAAACGUGUUCGGAAUUGUAAGAUGGUGAUCAACGGUAGCAGCCUUCGGACAGCGGUAGCCGCAGCAGCAAUAGCAUCACCCUCCGUAGUAGUCGGCCAUCGUCGCUGCGUAAGACCAGUGCUGGCAGCGGAGAUGACGGUGCUAAAUCCGGUCACCACCGGGACAGGAUUAUUGGUUUGGCUUGCCGUGCUGGCCGUACUCGUCAAUGGAAACACCGAUUCCCGGAACGAGCAGGAACCAAAGCCAAGUUUCGCCAGUCCAAUAGAAAACGUUACAGUUCCUAUCGGUAGAGAAGCGACGUUAAGUUGUGCUGUACAAAACUUAGGUGCCUAUAAGGUUGGAUGGAUGCGUGCUUCCGAUCAGACUGUACUUGCCCUACAGGGCCGGGUUGUGACACACAAUUCACGCUACAGUGUGACCCAAGAGGAGUCGAAUGUGUGGCGACUGAAGAUUCGAAAUGUGCGCGAAUCAGAUCGCGGUUGCUACAUGUGUCAAAUCAAUGCGACACCCCUGCAGAAACAAGUAGGCUGUGUCGAUGUGCAGCUACCGCCAGAUAUCUCGGAUGAACAAUCGUCCUCAGAUACCACCAUUCGCGAAGGUGGUGACGUGACGUUCUACUGCAAGGCAACCGGUCAUCCGACACCGAAGGUCACUUGGCGGCGGGACGAUGGCAGCCCUCUCUAUCUCUACCGGAAUGAGACCGACGUGCGGAAAGUGGAUACUCAUAUUGGAAACUUUCUGAACCUAACGAGCGUAGAUAGAAGACAAAUGGGCGCCUACUUAUGCAUCGCUUCCAACGAGGUACCGCCGGCUGUCAGCAAGCGUGUCUAUCUGAAUGUACACUUUGCUCCAAAUGUGACCACGGCGAAGACCCUGCUGGGAGUUUUCGAAGAUUCGGACGUCGAACUGGACUGCGCUGUUGAGUCGUACCCCCGUUCGGUGAACUACUGGACCAAGGUUUCCACGUCUGGAGGUACAACGAAAAAUUUGGCCGGUUCUGGUGGACCACUACCGGACGGCCGAAACAAUCUCAUUGCACCGGUUAACCCGCGGCAGGAAGUGAUGUUGAACGGGGAUCGGUACGAGAUUCGGGAACAGUACAACUCGCACUAUUCCGGCCGGAUGAGUCUCCGAAUUCGUCGGUUCGGCGCCAACGAUGCCGGCAGCUACAUGUGCAUAUCAUCGAACGCCUUCGGCAAGGCGAAUAAAACCAUUAGGGUUUAUGAAAUCAAGCGUCCAACCACCACGACAACAACAACGACUACGACAACGACGACGACGACGACCACGACUACUACGACGGAACAGCCAACUACGAUCCCAGUACGAAGAACAACUUUGAUGGUGCAAAGAAUGCCGGAGGCAACCCCGCGUGGACCCCCGACGGACUUUAUCUUCGAGUACAUCACAAACCCGCCAGCCUACGUGGAGUACGGGGCAAACGGAGAAACUUAUAUCAACUAUCCCCAGCUGACAGCGUACAGCAAAUCUUCGCCAUCGAAUCACGGUGGACCGGACGGUGACGGCGGUGGUGGUCACCCGGGAGGACACCACCACGACGGGGAUGCGUCCUCGUCCCGGUCGCUGCUGGUGCCGUCCGGGGAGCAGCGGUUGAUGACAAUUCUGGCACUGACGGCCCUCUCCUGCUUGUCGUUUUUUCGCUUCUUUCAGAUCUAUCUACCCUGGAUAACGUUUUUUUUGUUGCUCCUGCUGAUCGGCCGGAAACCGAAGGAAAAGUGCUUCCCGGUGCUGGCCGGACAGCCGGCGUAGUGACCGCGCAGAGCGGCAAAGGUUUUCUGCUGGGUUAAUGUUAGAAACUGUUGACUUUUGUUUUUGCUCUCCUGUUUCUACUUUCUAAGUUUGUAGGAUUAUAUCAAUCAAGCAAAACAAAAAAAAACAAAUCUAUUUAGAUGACAUUGUAGCACAACGCAAAUAGAGGAAACGGCAAAUGGAAACAGCAAAAAUUUUAGUGAAAUUGUAUAUAAAAUCAAUACAGCAAACAUUUAACAGUAAUUAUGCGGUGGAGGAACUUUAUGAGGGAAGCAUAUGCGACAUAAUAGGAUUCAGUUAUAUAAGAAUACAACAAACACAUUUAAUAAAUGAUGUAUAUUAAAAA